AUAAUACUCCCUCCAUCCGGGAAUGAUGUUCCCAUUGUACAUUUUUUUCGUCCGGGAAUGAUGUUCCCAUUGUACGCUUUUUCCUCUAUUCUCCCUAAAAUACCCCUCUCAUUUAAUAUCCUCACAUUCACUCCUCCUAUCUACCCAACCUACCCACCUCCCCAAUUAAACCCUCUCGCCCCCUCUUUAGAUCUAAUCUACCCUCUCUCUCUGUUGGUUCUUCUUCUCUCCCAAUCCCUAGAUUACGAUCGUUCCUCUCCCAGAUCUAUACAUCUCCGCCUGAAUUCAUGGAAUCUGAUUACUUUCUUUACGAUUCCAUCAUCCUUGAGGCGGAAUUUCAGGACAUUGGAUUUGAGGACGAGGUGAUUCACCUAUCUUCCACCUCUGACGCGAAGGAGGAGGACGAGGUCAUCGUCAUCCAUAGCGAUGAUGAUGAUGCCGAUGUUGCCCCGGUCAGAGGCAAGAACAUGGUUAUCGUCCUUGAAUUUGAGGAAGAUUCUCUUAUUGGGAGUGAGGAAGAUGGCAGUUUUGAGGAUGUAGAGGGCAGUGUUGAUGUCUUCUGGAUUAAGGCUAGGUCUAUGCUCAAGGAAUUUGGCAGUGUCCCUGCCCUUGCUAGUCUGUCUUUUCCCAUAUGUGGCAGUUUGUAGUUGUUGCCUCCUUCAUGUUCCAUGAUUUUAGUUAAAACCUGCUGGUAACUCAACCACACCUUGUUUAGGGUUUCUAGACUUAGAGCAUUAUAUGCUCCUUCCACUGCUUCUAAUAGUUCAGCUACUGUACUUGGAGCACACUGGUCUUUUAAAGAUUGAAUUGCUCUGAAAAAUCCAAGGUCUAGGACAUUUAAGUCCGGGG